UUUUUGUGGAUGCAGACUAACACGGCUACCCCUCUUAUACUAAUUCAGUGUGUUUGAGGCUCCAUGUAUGAUGCCAUUAUGUGACCACGCAAACAGGGAAAUACGCUCCUUUUUAUUAAAAAGGAUAUCGUAUAAUCCCACCUCGGUAGGAACACAGUAGAAUUCCCCUUAUGCAGGAUUUGAGUCCUUGAAGUCAGGACAGAGUUUUCAAAGAUGCCAAGUCCCAUUUUCAAAAAGAAUUUAAAUGCAUAAGUAAUCUUUGAAAGUGGGGAUAUAGGCUCCUGACUUGCAUAGGCACUCUUGAAAUUAUUAACCAAGGUCUAGUUCUCCUUCUAGAGGCUUAUUGAUGUUCUGAAAAUUAGCACCCACUUGCAGCAAUGGCGUAGUUGCAUUGUUGUUACCAGAAGUGUCAGUCUGACAGGAGUCGCUGCCCUUCUCCCCCACACUUUGUCAGUGAGUCAGAUUACUGUAUGCUGGGGGCAUUUCUCUGGUACAUUGAACUUUGGUGCAUUUUUAGAAUAAUUUCAGUUUAAAACUGGAUGCUUUUGAAUUAUUUUGUAGCCAAUUAACGUAGCUGUAUACCACAGUGCUUUAUUGUUGCAUAAAUCAGGUCAUGCUAUAUAGAAUGAGCCUUGUACUGAGCUGACUUUGAGCGUGUUAAGUAAACACUUAUGGUGAUCUUAACCCCAGUGACAGAUAAUUGUAAAUUUAAAUGUUAAUUUUAAACAUGUCUGAAUUUAAAACGCCAGUAUUUUAUUCUGACUAUCCACUGUGACCGAACUGUUAGUAACAGCCAUCUUUAAACAGGCUCAUGUUAAUGUCAGGAACAGAACCUAAAGAAACAUUAGUAGGGUGUUAUGUUAGUGUGGUAUUUCUUCUCUGGAUACCUGGAUCCACAUGGUUUAAGCAACAAUUGAAAUUUAGUUUUUCUUUCCCUCUACACCUCAAACCCAUAAAACAAAUAGUGUUUACUCCAGAAAGGUUUAGGAAUGGAUUAAGACAGGAUAAUGAAAGUCCCAGUUGAACUAUGAGGGAAAAUUUGAGAGCCUGUGUCUGCUGUUCAUCUAACUCUUACAAAAGUGAAAACCCUAAGCAUAAAAAUUCAUCCAUGAAUAAGGAAUAUUCUUUAUCAUUUUUCUAUUGAAGUGAGAAAACUUUGAGAAGCACUCUUGAUGUCUUUGGGUAGAACAUCUAAUUUAAAAGUCCAAAUUCCACCAGUUCCAACCAAUGGAAUAAAUUAUCUUCUUGGAUCUUAUCUACGCUUGGAUUUUUUCCCAGAAAUUUCCCCCCCCCCCCACUUGCUACCAAAAGUCAGUUGUACCAAUCAUAUAAUCAGUAAAAUCACUCAUAUAGGCACUGACAUUUUACCCACUGUGACUUGUUCUGAGCAGGGUUAGGCAACACUGCCUCAUAUGUUGAUGGCUGUCUGGUGCCCUCGCUAUAUAUUAAUGCUUACAUCAUUACCACAAGUGGGGUCUUACAGGUGGUAGCAAGAGUCAGGUAGGGAUUUUUCCACCUAAAAUUCCCCUGUGCAGAUUGGGGGAGGGAGGGAAGAGUCUGUCAUCAUGAACUCCAUCUUGUUUUAUGUUAAUUCCACUUUUCAGGGACUCCACUUUUUAUUGUUAUCUUUACUUUGGAGUUUGACCUUCAUGUGAUAUUGCAUCCUCUUUUGUGGACUAGAGCAUCAAUGUUUGUAGUACAGGCUUGACACAAAUUGAAUGACUGUCUGUGAAAAUGGCACAGAGCAAUCUUCAACAACCAGCCCAUCCAGAAGAACAAUGAAGUCUACACCGAAGCCUAGCUGGAAAAGUGGCUGAUGAUCCUCAACCUAGGCACAUGGCCAAAGGGGUCAGAGACUUUAUUCAAGAGGGAAUGCUCCCUGUGAAAGGGGUGGGGGAUGUCGGACUAGUGCCACAUUCAAGAAGACCAGGCUAAGGAGAGAAGAGGCAAGAAGGGCUGCCUAGCCUAAGGAUGCUGAUCAAAUCCAGGAGUCGCAGGAGGAAUGAGAUCAGACCGGGGAAUGUAUUCAGGACUGUUAUUUUUCAAAGAUCUGUAACUCAAGUGAUUUUUAAGAGUAAAGUGUCUGUGGUUAAGAAAUUCCUUUACUAAGCCUGUAUUCCUUGCUUGCCUGUCACAUUGUCUUGGAAAGGGUUAACACUGUGGUGGAACUCUGAGGGAGCAUAUAUAAGCACCUGAGGCUUAGGUGGGCUGGGGUGUGAGGUGACUGGACUGUGGGGGCUAAGUGCCCAAGAGAGGUGUCAGAUAAGGACCUUCACCUUGGAGUGUCUAAAGACCCUGGGCUAGCAACAGUAACCAGUCACUGUCCAGACCCAAAUUGCUUAGAAACAUGUGGUAUCCAGUAGUUGUGUUCACUCACAACAGAAUGUUGUCUGUCCAGAGAGGGACUCGGCCAGGUUGUGAUAGACACAACCUUCAUGUGGUUAAACUAGCAACAUUAUUAAUCUUGUAAUUCCUAUCAACGUAGUUACAAGGUUGCUUCUUCGGUUCACCUUGGAUUCAUCCACAGUAUAUAUACUAGGACCCCUGUUACUAUAACAGCCAGCACUGGUGCAGUUUGACCUGUUCUAAGCUGCUGAUGUAGACAGGUCUCAAACAUUUUCAUCCUGAUAACUCUCACUAGUGAUAGCAACCAGGUAUCUGCAAAAUUGCUGGUGGUUGCAGUAAGAUGAGUACUCAAUCUGGUAUAGAAUAUGCACUUGAAGAAAACCCUUUCUGUGGUCAUAAAGAUCCAUGAGGUGGAUCCCUCUGUAGGAUCAAGUGUAAGACUGCUUUUCAUUCUCUCAUUAAGGAGAAAUCCAGAUGUGAAUGGUUGGGUUUUUGUUAGCCAAUGACUAUGUAAGAUUAAACAAGAAACAACACAAAAAAACACAACAAACAAGGUUAAUUCAACUCCUGAAGAUGGACGGUGACAGUUCUACAACAGAUGCUUCUCAGUUAGGAAUUGCUGGAGAUUACAUUGGUGGUAGUCACUUUGUAAUACAGCCUCAUGAUGACACGGAGGACAGUAUGAAUGAUCAUGAAGACACAAAUGGCUCAAAAGAGAGUUUUAGAGAACAAGAUAUAUAUCUUCCAAUUGCAAAUGUGGCAAGGAUAAUGAAAAAUGCCAUACCCCAGACAGGAAAGAUUGCUAAAGAUGCAAAGGAGUGUGUGCAAGAGUGUGUAAGUGAAUUCAUCAGCUUUAUAACAUCUGAAGCAAGUGAGAGGUGUCAUCAAGAGAAACGAAAGACUAUCAAUGGAGAGGAUAUUCUCUUUGCCAUGUCUACCUUGGGAUUUGAUAGUUAUGUUGAACCUUUGAAGCUGUAUCUCCAAAAAUUCAGAGAGGCAAUGAAAGGAGAGAAAGGGAUUGGAGGAACAGUUACAACUGCAGAUGGUCUUAGUGAGGAGCUCACAGAAGAAGCAUUUACUAACCAGUUGCCAGCAGGUUUAAUAACAACAGAUGGCCAGCAGCAAAAUGUUAUGGUUUAUACAACAUCUUAUCAACAGAUCUCUGGUGUUCAACAAAUUCAGUUCUCAUGAUUUGAAGAAGGCUUUGGAUUUGGGAAUGGAAGAGAGACAAGAAAGCUGUACAACUUGUGAGAAGAGACGUUAGUUUAAAAUGACAGAGGAGAGAGUUGUCUCUUUGUACAUUAAAUAGCUGUAAUGUAGCUACCUGAGGCUUGACUAAUGGCGAUGUGAAUUCUGACAAAUCUUUUUUCAUGAAUUUUAAAAAAAUUGGAUUUUAAGGGUAUUAAAGUAUUUUUGUUUUGUACAAGAGUUUGUUGCUCUGUAUAACUCCUGUAUGCAUUGUAUAUUGCAAUUUAUUACUGUCAGAGAUUUGUAGACAGUUUCUUAUUUUCAUAUUGAAUCAUGUUACUUUUGUAAUUCAAGUAAACAGCUGAGUUUAAUUCAUGUUUACCCUUUGAAUAAAAUAAGGGUAAAGUUCA